CCGGCGUUUGCGGCAUUUGCACCAAGCGCGUCGGAUGCGUACUUGGCACUCGAGACGGUCGACUUGGAUUCGUUCGAAGCGAUGGAUUUUGAGCACAAUUUGUUUGAAAAAGUCACCAAAAUCGACGUCGACAUCUCGACCACCAUGGACGCGUUCGAGAUGGACAUCCUCACCGACUUGAGCUCCGACUUGGUCGAGCUCGAGGCGCCGAGCGUCGUCGCAUGGACCCUAUAG